ACUAAAAUCUUAUAAAAUAUUAACUUUCACCGAAAUAAAUCACUUCCUUGAUAUUUGUCGGCGUUGUUUUAAUUCAGUGGCUUGUAUAAACUUUACUAAUUUGUACCUCUACAACUUGAUUAGAAAGUUUAUCAGUUAGUAUAUUCACGUAUUUGUAAUUUAAUAUUGACAAAGGCUAAACAUUAAUAGUGAUAUUUUGACAUACCUUUUAUUUUUAAAAGUCAGUGAUGUAAUCGUGAACCUGUUAGUCAUGAGAGGAAAACAACAUAUGGUUUAUACAGUAGCUAGGAGGCACGGCUUAUUAAAGAUGAACUGGUUCCACUGUAACCGGUGCUUCACCAAAAGAGGGAGCAAGUUUGCUGUGUCCAGUUGUGGCCACAUCUGCUGUGAGGCAUGCAUUACUCCCAAGCAAUGCAGUGUGUGUGGUGUCAGUUGUAGUUAUCUGGCCAUCACUGAUGAGAUGAAGCCACAGGAAAAAUUGUACUUCAAGGACCCCAUGGAGCUCAUCCAGUUACGGUUGGAGCACAUAUCACAGAUUGCACUUUUUCAGAGGACACAGAUGGAGAUGAUCACAGCUCACUUCAAGCAUAAGUUUAGUGAACUGGAACGGCAUCUAAAGGAAGUAACUGAGCUGGACCACAGGAAACUGGGCAAGCUGAAAGGUGAGAAUGCUGAAUUAAAACAGCAGCUUUUAGAGCUCAAAAGAGAGAAUGCUGAAUUAAGGAAGCCACUUUCUCAGAUGAGGGUUUCUCGUGGGUCAUUCCAGAUAGAUGGCAGUCAAAGGGUGUCCCUCCCUGUGGCUGUCACCCCCCCAGUUACCCCUCAUUCAAGAUCUAUUAGUUACUUAGGUUCAUCUGAGUCCCAGGGGUGGGCCAGAGACCGAGGUCCCAGUUUGUCCUCCCUGACAACUCCUGGACCAGCUGCCUCUGUUUCCAGACACAGUUCUCUUCAGGAAAACUUACACAGAACACCUACAUCCUUCAGCAGCAGUGCAAGAACACAUCGGCAGACUCCUAAUGCUUUCCAGUUCCACUUCACCAGUGACUUAUCAACACAGUCCCCUAGUAUGUAAUGUCAAUUCUGGAGAUGUUUUGUCAGUGUAGGAGUUUUUGGUUUUACUUUGUUUUGUCUAAUUGAUUUCGUCUUGUUUAGUUUUUUAAUUUCAGUUUAUCUGUGAUCAUUUAGAAAAGAUGUUAAACCAAUGUUUACAUGGACAGUGUUCUGAAUUUACCAUGUGCUUAAAUGAAUUAAACUUAAUUAAGCAAA